GAACAACUGAUGGCUUGGCACCGAAACUAGAACAGAACACAGCAAAGCCAUAGCCACAAAUCUGAGAACAACCAUGUUCAUCGCCGCAGCAACAACGACGGCGGUGACGACUUGUCGUUUCCAUAUGCUUCGAAUUCAAUGCGCUGAUUCUUCGAAGCCCAGACCCGGGUUUGGAACCAAAACCAACAACAAGAGCAAGAAAAAGAACAACCUCAACCAGACAAACAAGGCCACUACCUCAGUUGAUCAGAAAGGAACUGGUUUUCAACAAGGGAAAUCAACCACUAACCGGUCUGUUACAAAUCAGGCGCCUGGAUUAAGUUCCCGAUUUGAUGGGAAGGUUAAGAGAAAUCUUGGCGACCUUGAGUUUGAGGAACGUCUGGAAGCAGUUAGAAGUUCAGCACUUCAGCAGAAAAAAACAGUUGAAAAAGAGGAAUAUGGAGCAAUUGACUAUGAUGCACCUGUCAAAUCGGAGAAGAAAAAAAUUGGACUUGGAGCACAGAUUGGAGUAGGUGUAGCAGUAUUGGUAUUUGGGUUGGUUUUUGCUUUGGGGGACUUUCUUCCUUCCAGCAGUGUUAGUCCUACUGAGGAUGCUGCACUAACCAGUAAUAAACUGUCCGAAGAAGAGAAAGCGUCACUUCAGACUAGGCUGAAAGAAUAUGAAGCAACACUUAGUAACAGCCCAAAAGAUCCAACUGCUCUUGAGGGAGCUGCAGUAACUUUGGCAGAAUUAGGAGAAUAUUCUCGGGCUUCCACUCUGCUUGAGGACUUAACUAAGGAAAAACCAAGUGAUCCUGAAGUCUUUCGUUUGCUUGGAGAAGUAAAAUAUGAGCUCAAAGAUUAUGAAGGGAGUGUUGCUGCAUAUAAGGUUUCUUCCAAGGUGUCCAAAGAUCUCAAUUUUGAAGUUAUGCGUGGCCUUACAAAUGCAUUACUUGCUGCUAAAAGACCAGAUGAGGCUGUCCAAUUUCUUCUCGCCUCUCGAUCACGUUUAGAUGCAGACAACCCAGAAACAAAGGCAGCAAGCAGUAUGACUGGAAUGCAGGUGGAUCCCAUUCAAGUCGAAUUACUUCUUGGAAAAGCCUAUUCAGAUUGGGGCCAUGUCAGUGAUGCUGUCUCUGUCUAUGAUAGGCUCAUCUCUAGUCAUCCAAAUGACUUCCGUGGUUACUUAGCUAAGGGAAUUAUAUUAAGAGAAAAUGGUAAAGGUGGAGAGGCAGAGCGGAUGUUCAUACAGGCACGGUUUUUUGCACCAGAGAAUGCCAAGGCACUUGUAGAUCGGUAUUCAAGGUGAUGUCCACAAUCUUGAA